GUCUGUUUUUAGAUACGGGAGAUUGCAUAAACAAUAAAUCCAAUUGAACAUGCGUUGAGAGGUGAGGUUGUGUGGUGAAAAAUACGAGCCCGAUAGCUAGAUCAUAUUUUCUCAAUAUGAGCAGGAUCGGGGGUCUAUUACGCCGGAGCUUUGGGGUGAUAAAAGAACAUGUGGGCACCGACCAUUUCGGAAAUAAAUACUACUGGCAGCCCGAGCAAAAAACUUGGACGGGGAGGAUUGUUCGAGCCAAGCGGAUGGUGGUGGCUGUUAACCCUACAGAGUUUGAGUACCUGGAAGGCAACAUACCCUCAGAGUGGGAUGCUUGGAUCCGAGGCAGACGGAAGCAGCCCCCUUCCAUUGAGGAGCUGGUGAAAAACCAGCACUACAGGGACCACAUCAAAGGAAAGGCGAGGGAGGUGGAUGAGAGAGAGCUGGCUCUGCAGGCUAAGGAGUAUGAGGAGGGCCUGGUGUCUGGGCCUGCUCAGACCAUAGCCAAGGGCCACGCAGCCGCCACCAGCUUCGGCCAGCCAGAGACCAGUGAGGAGCCUGUCAGUACAGCCAACACAUUCCAGCCUGGCUCCUGGAUACCCGCAGCCAAGAAAUAGCCACGUACACACACUCACUGGGUCAUGAUACCAGUACUGCGAUAUUGGAUUUUUCCAUGGUAAAAAAAAUAAAAACAUGAAGCAAACUGAACUCCUACUGUUGUGUGAUAUAGCUUGGAAAGUAAACAAUUACUCUGGGUAACAACAGAAGGCUGUGUGUUUACAAGAUUAGAACUGUUUUUCUGCUUCAUGAUUUGUUUCCUUUGCCAUGGUACUUCUGAGUAUCGCGAUACUGGUACCUAACACACAGUGACACUAUGGUACACACAAGAAAUACACACAGGCUAUAUACAGUGCUAUUCAUAGUUUGCCCACACACAACUAAGAAAUAGACACACGCAUACAUACAUACAUACAUACUGUGCAUAUGCACUCUCUUCAUACCUACAUCCAAAAAAACUAGACGUGUAAACAAGUAUAGGCCUUCCCUAUGUGAGUAUUCACAGGCUUCCUUCCAUCAUUACCACCAUGGAUCGGCGACCUGAAAAGACUGAACAAUUGAAAUCAGCAAGAUGGAGAGAGAAUGAUGGGAAGGAAGCAUGAUCUGGCCAGCUUCAAUGGCCUUUUCUCAUUUGCGCAUAAAUUCGUCCUCUACCCUCUCUUCUGUCCUCUCCUCCGUGACCCAGAAACCGAUAAGUGGUUGAGAUGCCAAUUCGUUAGCAGGUGAACAAAAGUGUCUUCCCCUCCUCGAUAGCCACCUUUCAUCAGGGAAAGUCAUGUCUAUCCUACCGGAGUCCUUUGAAAUCUUAAACACCCUCAUUGAAUCAGCUUUUGUUUGUCGGAGGAGAAAAGUAUGCACACGUUUAAAAACAAUAUGCUACUUAUUGUUUUAUCUAUAAAAUGUCUUGCACAAGUAACUCGUUUAAUGAAUAUGACCCUGAUUAAUCAGGGAGUACUUGACAGUGAACGGCAUUCAUGGGAUGUGGAAGACAAUUUAUCUGAUCUCCCUGACCCCACUGUAAACUCUUUCAAUACAAAGUUCAGUUGUAGGUAGUCAAGAUAUCUUGUUUGAUUUGUUGUGGAUUAUAAAUGAAACUGCCAGGCUUGAGAGAACUGGGAUGUGAUGUAAGUACUGGAAAGUAGGUGGUCCUGUGUUUCUCAAUUGGUAGAUCAUGGUGUUUGCAAUGUGAUGAUGGUGGGUUCGAUUAUCCACAGCAAAUGACGUUAGUGCACUCAUCUUAAGGUAGCAAGGUAUGUAUGCACUAGUUGAUUUUGAUACAUUUUCUGCUAAAUGGCAUACAUAAAUAUUUUUCUGCAUGACAAGGUGUAAUUUAUUUAAUGGCUUUGUAUUUUAUAUAUACACCCCCAACACAUCACACUACAAACCUUUUAAACAAUUAUUUUAUUUUUAUUAAAUGAAGGAAAGGAUAUCGCACGGCUCACAAGAUGGUUGCCGGUCUCAGGAGUAGACGUCCCUUUACAAGAAGUGUGUGUUACAUUGUCUAGAUUUUAAAAACACUGAAUAAAACCCAUGUAUGAAAA